AUGCCUGCCUGGACUCAUCUCGUUCGUUUCGUUGCUGUCGAGGACAACCAGAUUCAUCUCGGCCAAUUGGUCAAUACGACCCGUGAUGUUGGACGCGAUAGUGUGGAUGGCGUGAAGAUUGCCGUUAAGCUCAUCCAAGGUACUAUCUUUGAUGGUCGGGUUACGGAGGAGAUCUUGCAUGUGAAACAACUCCUUGCGCCCGUGACGGCUGAGCAAUGUAGCUACAUCCGGUGCCUGGGUCUUAACUACAUGGACCACGCACAAGAAGCCAAUCUUCCCAUCCCCAAAGCACCGAUUCUCUUCACCAAACCCCGUACUGCCCUCGCAGGCCCCUACCCUGCCGCCAUCAAUAUCCCAAAGUGUGCCCAGGAUGGCAGCAGUGACUACGAAGCCGAGCUGUGUUUGAUCAUUGGCAAGACUGGCAGAGACAUUCCGGAAGAGGAAGCCUUGGAUUACGUGUUGGGCUAUACUGCAUCCAAUGAUGUGUCCGCCCGCGUUCUGCAGAUGACAACUCCACAAUGGUCUUUCUCCAAAGGUCUGGAUGGAAGCUGUCCCAUUGGACCCGUUCUCGUAGCCCCAUCAGCGAUCAAAGACCCUCAGGCCUUGUCAAUUCAGGCCAUCCACAAUGGCACCAUUGUCCAGGACGGGCAUACCAAGGACAUGAUCUUCAACAUCAAGAAGCAAAUCUCAUAUCUCUCUAGUGGAACCACACUUGAAGCCGGCACCCUGUUCUUGACCGGAACUCCGGCUGGAAUUGGAUAUUUCCGCGAGCCAAGAGUGGUCCUGAAUGAUGGCGAUGAGAUCUCCGUGAAAAUUGAUCAGAUUGGCACUCUCAUUAACAAAGUUCGCUAUGAUACUUGUUAG